AUGGGUGAGCAUGAAAGUUAUCCGUUGCACAAGGCGGCCUUCUUCAAUGAUGUUCGAUCUAUCAAAGAGCUCAUCAAAAAAGGUCAAAGCUUAUAUGAGCAGGACAUGCAUGGCAACACAGCUCUUCAUAUUUCGACCAUGCUCGGGCAUAGAGAGACGACAGCUUUACUUCUCUCUCAUAAUGCUCCAAUCAAAAUUAAAAAUUGUGACGGAUGGAAUCCUUUAAUGGAAGCCGUUAGCUAUGGAGAUAGACAAAUCAUCACGGAAAUGCUGAGAAAGUUGAAAAGUCAAGCUCGGGAAGGGAUGACAGAUCGGAAACCUCAUUUGAUACAAAUUCUUCAAAAUCUCGGAGACUUCUAUCUUGAAUUAAAGUGGGAUUUCCAUAGUUGGAUUCCUCUUCUAUCUCGAAUGCUUCCAUCUGAUAUAUGUCAGAUUUACAAGAAGGGGACUAUGCUUCGUAUGGAUACAACUCUAGCUGACUUCAGUGAGAAAUCGUGGGAAAGAGGAGAUAUCUCUUUUGUCUUCAAUGCAACAGUUGAUACGAAAGAUCAGCUCAUCAUUAUGGACAACAAAGCCAAAGUUUUCCAACGUUUCCGCACCGAAGAGUCUGAAUUAGAGAUUGAUGAAGAGGUUGAUGUGCUCAUGUCUUCUGAUAUCGUCUCCGCACAAAUGUCCACUAAGACUAUUCAAUUCGAACAAGCCUAUUCUGGAUGGGUUUUCAAACAUGCUCGUGAAGAAAAGAUUGGUGAUUUUUCUGUCAACUUCUAUGUUGUUGAAGGAUUGAACCUUAUAACCCGUAAACGUCGUGAACAUCUCACCAAUGAAGAUAUCAAGAAGAACAAGUCUUUCAUGCAAUCCUUUGCCAUUGGAGGGUCUGUGCCUGAAGAUGAUUUCAAGAGUUUACGACAUCGCCAAUCUUUGCCUCCACCUGGCCGUAUGCCUACCACAUGGGAAGAAUACAGCGGGGCUGCGCCAGGUCUCCACUUACCUUUAGGAAGAGAACAGAUUGUAAAACAGAAUGAAAAACACUUUAAAGCCCUAAUUGGAAUGAGCGAAGAAUUUCCAUUGGGCGUUGAUGUACUGAUUGAUAUUCUUGAAAUUGUGGCCCCAUUCAAACAUUUGGAUAAGUUGAGAAGAUUUUGUAAAGCUCGUCUUCCUUCUGGCUUCCCUGUAAGAGUUGAAAUUCCAUUACUCCCUACUAUAUCCGCUAAGGUCACGUUCCAGAAGCUUGUAUUCCUCGACGACAUCUCUGAUAAACUCUUCUAUGUGCCAGCAUCUUACAGAGAAGACUCAACCCGAUUCCCAGAUUUAUAA